AUGAAGUUGUCGCUCAAUAUUAUGGCUGUCAUGGCCAGUUUGACCAUGAUUUGCACAGCACAGUCCUCGUUAACCCCCAGGGGUUCAUCCGCCGCUCUUUUAGAGGCCGCAGAAGCAUCAUAUCCGACUUGCUCGCUAAAAUGUAUGGCAAAAGCUAUUCCUACGUCUGGAUGUGAUGCGACAGAUGUGGUGUGUCUUUGCACAAACGCUGAAUUACAAGAGAGCAUCACACUCUGCGCGAUGCAAAGCUGUACUGUUUUUGAACUUUUAACUACCAAAAAUGUUACCGAGACCAUGUGUAGCGCACCGGUACGAGACAGGAGGAAAGACGGCGAGUAUAUUGGUGUUAUUGGAGGUUGUGUUGCCUUGCUAGCUUUGGCGACUCCUCCAACUGUUUUCUCUGUCAUCUUGGCCAACAAUGGUCUCGGAAAAGAUAUGUGGACAUUGACAGCUGAUGAAAUCACAACUGUUUUAUUUUACUAUGUUCUCGGCGAAUGUUUCUAUCUUGCCGCAAUGGCCAUGACUAAAGUUACAUUCUGCCUUCUUUUUCUUCGAGUAUUUCGCGAGAAGCCCUUCAUCUAUUAUGUUUGGGGCACACUCGGACUUUCUGUUGCAUAUGGUGUUAGCUUUGUGGCAGCAACAAUCUUCCAAUGCUGGCCGGUUAGCUAUGGAUGGCAUCAAUGGGAUGGCUUGCACACUGGAACUUGUAACAACAUCCAUCUCCAAGGAUGGCUGAGUUCUAUUAUCAACAUCGUUUUGGAUAUUAUAGUCAUUGGCCUGCCACUGAACAAACUUUCUCAACUGGUCAUGUCUCCAACCAAAAAAAUAACUAUUAUGUUUAUGUUCUCUCUAGGAAUUUUCGUUACUGCAGUAAGCAUCAUACGUCUUCAAUCGCUCAUUCAAUUUGCCAACACAACAAAUAUAACCUGGGACUACAGUCCAGCGGCAUAUUGGAGUACUCUCGAAAUGCACGUUGGCAUAUUCUGCGGGUGCUUGCCAGCAUUACGACCUCUACUGAAUAUGAUAAUGCCAAAAUUACAGACAACUGCAGCAGUGAGCACUCAAAGAACUGCGGGGACAACUGGCAAGAGAUCAUUCAUGAGCUCUAAAGCUUCAGCGCCGAAGAGGACCGAGAAGGGUGACUUCAUUCCACUUGAUGAUGUCGAUGCUUCGAGCACAAAGUUCUUGACCAGUUCUCAUUGCAACGCUGUCUAA